UACUCGCAUGAAGUUAGCAGUUGGCGUUUACCUGCGCCUAAGAGGGUAAGCCGAGUGAAUCAAACGGAAAGUAAUUACACUAAAGCUGACUUCGAAGACUGGCUGAAUUUCGCGGAUGGUCAUGCUUAUAUGCUGAGACGUUUUCAUUCAGGCUUCAGUGGGAUUCAAACCCACGACCUUUGUUUAGUUAUGCUCGUAUUUUACCAAAGGAGCAAUAUCAAAGCUUAAAUCCCAAACGGCAAAAAUCAAUAUGGGCUGAGAGGAUUCCGAUCAAGCCCUUUCAAAGGAAAUAAUGUUGGAAUUGGUUUCCAGUUGCCAUGAGAAAGUCGACAUAACUUUGAUAUUAUAAAUUUUAUGUGUUUUUUAAAAAAGUCAGUCUUUUAGUUAUAUAAGUCGGAGAGUUCCAGUUUGAGGGCUUCUCCAGGCCAGUCCCAUCAGCAGCCGAGGCGACCGAGGUAAGUACCAGAACAGAAACUUAGUUUCCGUCUCAGUUCUCUACGAGGAUAAAAAUCCUGCAAACAGCGGUUUCAUAGUCAGGAAAGAACUGAGUAAAACUCAAAGGUCCUGAUAAUUGGCUGUUUAUCUUAACCCUGACCUAUGUUAAAGGAGAGAAACACAAAACAAAUUAAAUGUGAGGCUUGAUUACAGAGCCAAAGAAAGAUUUGAACCGCUCAAUUGUGCUCCAUGAUGCAUUCCAAAAGUCGUGAACUUGUAAAUCCUCUUCUCCAGUGGGACUCCAACCCAUAAAAACUGCUUCAAUAGUAAGCAAAUCGAUCUAUGUCCAGAGAAGCUGUCUAGUUUGACUUUGAUUUUAAAUGAACUGUCAAGUUGAUUUCUCUUGCUUUGAUAAUCUGUUUUAGAAGCUUUUCUUUUAGGUCUGUGCAAUUAUUGAAGUAUUAACCUGCCCAGUGCUGACAAAUCGAAUUGAACACGUGACCUUACCUACAAGAGCCCAGGUAAGUACCAGAAAUGUAAAAUAAAUAAAAUGCGGUUCAAUUGAAUAUUCUAAAACUAUUGAAAAUAAAAAUUUAAAAAAACCUUUGAUUAUUAUUUCAACCCAUGAAUUUCAUUCGGGUGAUCACCCUACUGAGAUCUAUACAAAGAUGAAUGUCAUGUUGAUGAAAUUAAAAUCCAUAAGGUCACUGUUACCGACACUGACGCAAGAAGGAGUAAAUUAGAUACAGUUCAGCAUUUAUCAGUAAUAGACAAAGGAAAGCUAAGUAAUGUUUGUAUUCUAAAUCAAUCUUCUUGUAUGAUAGCCCUUGCAUUUAGGUCAGAAAACCUCGAUUGCACGCGCAUGGCCAGCCAGCAGAAACGCAGUACGAAGUCUUCAACUGUUACGACAGAGCGAACCCACCCAGCAGAGACGGUAGACCGUAGGUAAGUCACGAAAAAAAUAAAAUAUGAACUAAAUAAAUCCAGCCUUACUAAAAAAAAUUAGAACGGUAUAGAAGAAUGAAAAGUGAUACCAAAAAUACCUCUUGUCCCUGGUUUUAAGUUUGGUGAACCUAAAGGGAUCUCUUAUUGCAAAAUUAAGGACAAGAAGGAUACUUGCUCCCGGAAUUAGAAUCUUAAACUUUUAAACUUUGUUUAGCUGUUCAUGAUGGCUGGAAAGGAUACUUUAAAAAACAACGGAAACUGAUGGCCAAGAGACAAAUCGCAAGCCGUUUCAGUGUGUUCCAAAUGCAUUUUCCUGAGUUCAAGGUGCCUCUUCUAUACAAACGUUUGCACAUUAAGUUAGAAAGCAUCCCCACCUUCUAAGGAAUUCCCCAUGAACGUUGUUUAAUGAUAGCGAGCAAAUACGAGGUGUUGUGGGAUUCGAACCCAGGCCUACCAAAAGGAGUGAAAUAUGUCAGAAAAAUUUCCAGAUGCCGAAGGAAAAAUGUUCCUUUGAUAUGCUAUUAAUCUGUUGUUCUUAAGAUGUCAUGUAUUUAGGUCGGCAAAUAACAGACGUCGUGCCUCGUCGUGGUCAACCAAUUGCAACUAGCUAGCCUGUGGCGAUACGUAAAAACAAUAUGAAGAGAAUUAAGUUCAAGAACAGCACAUUAUUCAAAGUUUAUGCCCAUCUUGUGCUAAAAAACUAAAGAAUAGGCUGAAAAGAAACUAGCGUUGGAUCCAACUCUGUUAGAAAAUUCUGAGAUGUGCAAUUUUGUUACGAAAACGGAGGAAAUACAAACCGGAGGCUCUGUAUCGAAUGAAUUGACCUAAAUGAGUGAUUUGUAAAGUGCUGAGAAAUGUUUUUUGGAAGUGCUAUCUAAAUUCCAUGUACCAUUACCAAUUCUUUAAACUGCAAAAGUCGCGGCCGACUACUGAAAAGGCAGUACCGAUAUCGCCAUCUUUUUAUGUCAAAAUGUUCACUUUUGUCUUCAGUUUUGAUUCCUUGUUCUGAGAGAUUUAGUUGCCACCUGAUGAGAGACUGUCAUAGUGUAGAGGGCUAGAAGACGGAAGUGACGUCACUCUGUUGCAUUGA